AACCGGUAAGACUACACUGAUCAGACUUGCAUCAAGAGAAGUUGGUCGUGGCGUUGUAUACGUCGAUGUUAUGAAUAUUGGGCAAUAUAUGAGGGCCUUGAAAGCUUUUAAACGGGCUGCUAAAGCGUAUAACGUCAAAUAUGAAAGACCUAUGGUUAUUGUGUAUGAUAUCGUUAUCCGAUUAGAUCCAGAAACAAUUAGUAUUCUUCAAAAUGAUGCCAAGGAUAAUACUGAUAGCCGAACACAAAUCGCAGUGUUUGUCAGCAGCGAGGGCUCAGUUCCAAAAAUAAUGGAAA